AUGACUCGAGGCUCAGGAACGAUACAACUCCUCUGCCACGUCAAACCAGGUGUCAGUGCAAACAGAGAGGGUAUCGCAGCUGUGUCAGACGAAAGAAUUGAAGUAUGCGUUGCAGCUCAAGCAAGGGACGGAGAAGCAAACAAGGCUGUGAGAGAGAUAAUCGCCGACGUGCUACGGGUUCCCAAGUCUGACGUGGAAGUAGUAAAGGGCAUGAAGAGCCGGGACAAAAUGGUUGCAGUGACGAACAUAAGCACGAAUAGGAAGCCAGAGGAGGAGAUUGUACGAACAAGGGAAUUGCUGGCAGACAGCAUCGGCCGUUGA